AUGGAUUGGUGUAGCAGUUUGGAACUACUGUUGGGGCUUUUGUGGUUGCAUUGCAUAACUGCUUUAGUUAUUUGUGAUUAUGCUUUGAACCUUGGCUUACUGGUUUGUUCUUUUUCUCCACUGAAUAAAGGCUUCCUAGAAGAUGAAUUUAAAACAACCGACGAAGGCAAAAAUGAUUUUGGAAAAGACCAUCAGUUUCCACUUUUUCCCAAAGAGGAGGAGAUGAGUGAGGAAGAAUUGGAAAAAAUGAUGGAAGAGCGUUACAGGGCAAUCGCACGACAAAAAGAAUUAUCUUCGCAAAAUGCUGAGUUGAAUGAUGAAGACGACGACGACGAAGAUGACGACAACGACGACGAUGCUUGCUUCCUAGAAGAUGAAUUUAAAACAACCGACGAAGGCAAAAAUGAUUUUGGAAAAGACCAUCAGUUUCCACUUUUUCCCAAAGAGGAGGAGAUGAGUGAGGAAGAAUUGGAAAAAAUGAUGGAAGAGCGUUACAGGGCAAUCGCACGACAAAAAGAAUUAUCUUCGCAAAAUGCUGAGUUGAAUGAUGAAGACGACGACGACGAAGAUGACGACAACGACGACGAUGCUUGCUUCCUAGAAGAUGAAUUUAAAACAACCGACGAAGGCAAAAAUGAUUUUGGAAAAGACCAUCAGUUUCCACUUUUUCCCAAAGAGGAGGAGAUGAGUGAGGAAGAAUUGGAAAAAAUGAUGGAAGAGCGUUACAGGGCAAUCGCACGACAAAAAGAAUUAUCUUCGCAAAAUGCUGAGUUGAAUGAUGAAGACGACGACGACGAAGAUGACGACAACGACGACGAUGCUUGCUUCCUAGAAGAUGAAUUUAAAACAACCGACGAAGGCAAAAAUGAUUUUGGAAAAGACCAUCAGUUUCCACUUUUUCCCAAAGAGGAGGAGAUGAGUGAGGAAGAAUUGGAAAAAAUGAUGGAAGAGCGUUACAGACCAGUAUUUUUGCUCUUAUUGGGGAUGCUACUGCGAGUGAACUAA